GUUGGCAAUUAUUGACAUUGCAUAUUCCCUAUGAUAUUUCAAAGGUUGAAUCUAGAAAAAUAUGACUAUUGCAUUCUCUGUAUUAUGAAACAGUCUACGAUUAACACCUCUCUCUCGCCAACCUCCUUUUCAGCGGCUCUCCUCGAGCGCGUCAUGCACUCAUUUGCAUACGGUGCGAUUUGAAAUACAAUGUAAACAGCUCUUGUACUGAGCAGCUCAUCGAAACAGGUCGAGCAGUCCUUGCUGGCUAUUCGUAUCCUUGGUGGUGUAGGCUGACUGGCAUUAUUUCAGCUGAUGGGCAUGGCCCUGCAUUCUGAUGGAAACGUGGGAGAUUCGAAAUGACUAUUCGUCACAUUGCUCCCGCGGAGAACCAACCUGUGGUUAUCACACAGAAAUGUAGCCAAUUUCCUCGGCUUUGACUGUCGCGCAGACACGUCAUUCAGAGACUAGUCCGCGACCCGCCCAGCACCAUUUGACUGAAGAGAGGAAUGAAGAGUGUGGAGUUAUGAUAACAGUUUAACUGGACCUCAGCAGCAGGCUAACAUUUUAUCACAUUGAGUGAUACAGUAUACUUUCUUUGGUUGCCCAGCCGUUGAGCAUUCAGUGCGAUAUCCACAUCUGGGCUACCGGAAAUACGAUGCUCAACCACCGCUGUAGAUUGACAUUGCUGCUAUCCAGGUGUUGGACCAAAGAGGAGGGACGUUGUUGAUGUGACAUUACAUCUAUGCUGUGUGCAGUUUUUUGUGGUCCCAUUCACAGACACAUAGCAAGAAGAUGCUGAGCCGUUUCAUGAGUGGCAGCAUCAGGAAUCUGGAACGAGAAUACAACUGUACGGUGAGGCUGCUGGAUGACUCGGAGUACACCUGCACGAUCCAGCGCGAUGCAAAGGGACAGUACCUGUUUGAUCUCAUCUGUCACCACCUUAACCUGCUGGAGAAGGACUACUUUGGCAUCAGAUAUGUGGACCCAGACAAACAGAGGCACUGGUUGGGGUUUACAAAAUGUAUUGCCAAACAAAUGAAAUCCCAGCCUCCAUUCACCAUGUGUUUACGUGUCAAGUUUUACCCUCCUGACCCGGCUGCCCUGAAAGAGGAAAUCACAAGAUAUCUAGUCUUCCUACAGAUCAAGAGAGAUCUGUACCAUGGUCGUCUCCUGUGUAAGACGUCGGAUGCUGCCAUGUUGGCUGCCUACAUACUACAAGCUGAGGUUGGUGACUAUGAUCCUGGAAAGCAUCCUGAGGGCUACAGCUCUAAGUUCCAGUUCUUCCCUAAACACUCAGAGAAGCUGGAGAGACGCAUCUCUGACAUCCACAAGACAGAACUAAUAGGACAGACUCCAGAAGAGUCCGAGCUGAACUUCCUGCAGAAGGCCCAGGAGCUGGAGACGUAUGGUGUGGACCCUCACCCCUGCAAGGAUGUGUCAGGGAACCCUGCCUUCCUGGCCUUCACUCCGUUUGGCUUCACUGUCCUGCAGGGGAACAGAAGAGUCCAUUUCCUCAAUUGGGACGAGGUGACAAAGCUGAAGUUUGAGGCAAAGACAUUCCAUAUAUAUGCAAAUCAGAAAGAGGACAAGAAGAUCAUCUUGACAUAUUUUGCACCUACACCUGAGGCCUGUAAACACCUGUGGAAGUGUGGAGUUGAGAAUCAGGCUUUCUACAAGUUGGACAAGUCCAGCCAGGUCAGAACGGUGUCCAGCAGUAAUCUGUUCUUCAAAGGAAGUAGAUUCAGAUACAGUGGCAGGGUUGCUAAGGAAGUGAUGGAGCAAAGUGCCAAAAUAAAACGGGAACCUCCAGAGAUUCACAGGGCUGGUCUGGUACCCAGUAGGAGCUGUCCUUCCAUCACCCACGGCCCAAGGCUGACCAGUGUCCCCCGACAAAGACGGAGAGCUGUACACAUCUCCAUCAUGGAGGGCCUGGAGUCCCUACGAGACUCCGCCCACUCCACGCCCGUGCGUUCCGUCUCCCAUGGCGACUCCUUCAUGCCGCGACACCGUCACCACACAACAGAUGCCGGCGAGGGCGGGUCAUCCCAGCGGGUCAUCUCUGAUGAGGCCUACUGCCCCUCAGACAGUGUGCUGCCCACCCCCAUGGCCGAACACAGCCUGGAGCUAGCCGUGGCGCGCCACCCUAAUGGAGCCCCCUGCAGCAUCGAAGAGGAGGAGUCGGAGGCCGGGACUCCUGAGGGACAGGUGGCUGAGUUUGGCCCCGACGGCAGAGUGCUUCGGCUGGGUCGGACCAGGAAGUCUCUCCCUAACAACGAGGUGCAGGAGCUACAUAAGUUCAUCCUGAGUGUUUUGCGUAUGUUCCUGGUGACCAUGGGACUGCUGUUUGCCCUGCUCUCCCUCCUCAUCAUGCUGACUGAGUCUGACCUGGACAUCGCCUUCCUCCGGGACAUACGCAAGACGCCUGAGUUCCAGCAGUUCCACUUUGAGUAUUUCUGCCCUCUCAGACGGUGGGUUGCCUGCAAGUUCCGCUGGAUGGGAGGCUUCCUUAUAGACAAGUGAGAAAGACUGAGCGAUGGAGGGAGAGAAAGAGGAGUGAAUGAAAAAGAGGCCUCUAAGAGGACGUACGCGAAGGAUGGAGGGAGGAUAGGAGGAAGUCAAGGAAGGCUGAAGACAGGAAGGGAGGGCUGCUCCAUCUGAACGGGAAUUAACCUUCAAGCUUCUCCCACAAGACACUUCCUGUUACAAGCCAAGGACCGCCCCCUUCGCUGACCCUCUUCCUUUUUCUAAUCAUCAGACUGAACGGAGGACAUUUUCUGAGCUCAUGUUUUACUUUGGAAAUUCAGGUCAUUUCAAGGUACUUUAUUUUUUACUAAGAGACAAGUUAACAGAGUUAUAAAACAACAUGAAAUGAGAUGUCUGAGGUCUGUUGUAGGCCUGGGAGGAAACACAUAUUAUUCAACCAACAGAACAACAACAGUUGCCUUUAUUUUCUAUUACUUCAUAUGAACAUCAAUUGUAAGAGAGAAAAAAACUGUAUAAUAAUAGGAUGGAUACAAAUAUAUUAGAUGGACAUAUAAAAACAGAGGUGUGAAGUGUUGUGUACUGUUUGAGCUGAGAAAGGAUGAGAGAGAGAGAUGAAAAACCAUGCCUUUUACUCAUUUGGGGACAACAUCUAAAACAUCCAUGAUAAUCAUUCUAAUGCUGCUGAAACUUUCAUUUGGGCUGCUAUUGGAGGAGAAACAUUUCUACUGGCAGGAGUACUGAAUUCUGGAGUUUGACAAAGAAACAAAGAGAUAUGAUAUUCAAUAGAAGAUGUAAAAAGGUAUGUUUUUGAAUGUACAGUACCAUUCAAAAGUUUGGACACACCUACUCAUUCCAGUGUUUUUCUUUAUUUUUUACUAUUUUCUACAUUGUAGAAUAAUAGUGAAGACAUUACAACUAUGAAAUAACACAUAUGGAAUCAUGUAGUAACCAAAACAGUGUUAAACAAAUAAAAAUAUAUUUUACAUUCUUCAAAGUAGCCACCCUUUGCAGAAUGUAUAAAAAGCAGACAACAAGUGCUCAGCAUAUGUGGGAACUCCUGUUGGAAUAACAUUGGGGCGGCAGGGUAGCCUAGUGGUUAGAGCGUUGCGCUAGUAACCGGAAGGUUACUAGCCCAACCUACAAAUCUGUCGUUCUGCCCCUGAACAGGCAGUUAACUCACUGUUACUAGGCCGUCAUUGAAAAUAAGAAUUUGUUCUUAACUGACUUGCCUAGUUAAAUAAAGGUAAAAUAAAAAAAUUCCAGGUGAAGCUUUUUGAGAGAAUGCCAAGAGUGUGCAAAGUUGUCAUCAAUGCAAAGGGUGGCUACUUUGAAGAAUCUAAUCUAAAAUAUAUUUUGAUUUGUAAAACACUUUUUUGGUUACUACAUGUGUUAUUUCAUAGUUUUGAUGUCUUCACUAUUAUUCUACAAUGUAGACAAUAGUAAAAAUAAAGAAAAACCCUUGAAUGAGUACGUAUGCCCAAACUUUUGACUGCUACUGUACAUAUACACUGAGUAUACCAAACAUUAGGAACAGUCUCAAUUCGCCGGGACAUGAAAACAACAAGGUGUUGAAAGCGUUCCACAGGGAAGCUGGCCCAUGUUGACUCCAAUGCUUCCCACAGUCAAGUUAGCUGGAUGUCCUUUGGGUGGUGGACCCUUCUUGAUACACACGGGAACGGUUGAGCAUGAAAGACCCAGCAGCGUUGCCGUUCAUGACACAAACUGGUGCGCCUGGCACCUACUACCAUACCCCAUUCAAAGGCACUUAAAUCUUUUGUCUUGUCCAUUCAUCCUCUGAAUGGCACACAUACACAAUCCAUGUCUCGAUUGUCUCGAAGCUUAAAAAUCAUUCUAUAACCUGUCUCCUCCCCUUCAUCUACACUGAUUGAAGUAGAUUUAACCAGUGACAUCAAUAAGGGAGGCUUUCACCUGGUGAGUCUAUGUCAUGGAAAGAGUAGGUGUUCUUAAUGUUUUGUACACUCAGUGUACUAUACUGUCUUGUAAGAAUGUUCAAAGGCAUAUCUGUGUAAUUACUGCGGGUGUCCUAAACUUGGUUUAUAGUUUGUUUGUUAGUUAAACAUCAUUACAAAUUGGCAUGGAACAAUCAAGAGACAGUCAUACAGUACAUCAAAACUAUAAACCAAAUGAAUGGAAUUGUUGUGUUUUCUGAUUUCAAAUGGCAUCAGAUAGAGAAUACUGUUACCAAUUAUUUUAAUCAAUGUAUAAAAACUAGCAAUCAUGAGUUUAAAAAAAAACUUUCAAUCAAACUAGAUGCAAUGGUGUUCUUUGUUAUUAUCAUGUGACCUGGAAAGUACAGUAGGGGGUAGAACACAGUGGACAACCUCUUGAAAACACUGACUCGAUGUGCAAUACUAUAACGAUAAAAACUAUGAGUAUUUUACGGUUGGAUAUGGUACAUUUUAGUUUAUUAAAUGUGCACUUUGAAAUGAAUAAUUCCGGUUAUUUUCCAAAGGUAUAAGAAAAUGAAAAUACCUGCUGUGAACAUGCCUAGGUGAAAAAUACAUUUCAACUUGUAGUUGUGUUAAUACAUUGGGUUAUUUUAAAAUGUUGAAUAUAUUGAAGUCCUGCUGAAUUAUUUUGUACAAAGUAGAGUCUCCUUAUAUUUAGAGUUUUCCUUGUAUAACCUAUUUUAACUGAACUAAUGUUAUUUUUUAUCAUUGACAAUGAUACUUUUUUAGCGCAGUGAUUCAGAUGAGGACUAGAAUUCAAAGAAAAGGUAGAGAUUCAGGGACGGUUUCCCGGACCCAUAUUAAGCCUACUACACCUGAGCUAUGGCAUCCUUAAUGGUGCAUCUCCAUUCAAAGUGCUUUGUAGUCUAGGAAUCGGUUUAAUCUGGGCCAGGGAACGUUUUUGUCAGGUUUACCUCCAAAUCCACCUAAGGGAGCAUUAUACCCUCUCAUUUUCACACUGUCUUUACAUGUCUACCAAAGAUACCUCUCUGUAGCCUCAGUGGUACUUCACAUGAGAGCUAGAGUUCCUGAGGAGGGUUUGGGAGAGGGUUGAUUAGUGAAGAGCUGCAGAACAGGACAAUGAUAAUCACUGCAAGCUUCUAUUGUAUUGUCCUUAGCCGGCACUCUGUCUGUUGGCUUAGAAUAAAUAAGUUGAGAGAGGGAAUUCCAUCGAUUUAGGGUUGAAAAAUUCUGGAAAAUGUCCCCAAAUUACCAUGCUUUCCAGGAAUCCCAGUUGGAAUAUUACUGGAAGCGGGAGGGAAUAAGCAGAAAAACUGGAAUCCUCGUACCAGGAAUUAUGGAAUUCUGGUAAAGUGAUCUGAAAUUUUGCAAUCCUAUGUAGACUCAAGAUAUAAAAUAUGUUUCUACAUCAUCAUUUGGUUUUGCAUCAGCACAAUCCUAUCAGACAUAAUAUUGUUUUAAUGUUAUAAUCCCUCAGUAGACUAGUGUAUGGUGGGUUUAAUAAAUAAUAUAGAUUUAUGAAUUAAUGUGGUCUGCUAUGCAGCAAUAUUAAGAUAACAAUAAGUGGUUGGUCCCUGAUUGGUGUAUUAGAUUAAAGUGAUUGAUUUUGUUUGAAGUUGUGGAAGGCCAGUCAAGGCAGAAGAUUUAGAUUUUUAUACCUCAGAUCGCUCCUUUGAAUUUCAGUUCAAUGUGUAUGACAAACAAUACAACCUUAUUUGAGCAAUAAUGAAAACAUUUGAAAAUAAUUCAAUGUUGAAAUCAAUGUGGGCAGCUACAGACAGAAAAAGUAAGUGAUGUUUUUUGGUUUCUUUCCAUAUAGGAUCACUGGAUAUUCAAGUGACAUGUUUUUCAUGAUUAGCCUACCUACCGUUAUACUGGUGAACCUAGCUUCUUAAUGCAUGGGAUGAGAUGAUGAUGAGAAGAUGGUGUAGCAGUAACAUGCAACUCAGUGUUGAUUGCAAUGGGUGCGUUCCAGGUUGUUGCAGUCAUGCUGCACGUCUCAAAAGAUCGCUAUAAAUCAAUAGCAAUAUCAUAUCAGUGUGGUUCCGGAGAGGUGCAAACAUGUCUCCAGGGGUCGUAUUCACUAGAAACCAAACUGAAGAAACUAACAGGGAGGGACAACCUUAACUUAAUUGUUUCUUUGCAAGACAUUUUCCUACAGUGUGUGCACUAAUGAAUACUAGCGACCCAGGUGGUAAGAUCUGACGAUCUGAGCAGUGUGACUGCAAUGAAGACGACCUGGAUGACUCCAGUGUUAGGAACACCCAGACAGCCUCUGCAAUGUCCUUCUGUUAGCUCUCUUCCUGUCUCAUGGUCAUGCAUAUGGAUCGGUCUCUGUAAGCAUGUCUUCUACAUUUCUGUUAUUACUCCCAAUCAAGACUGAAUAUUUUUUAUCACAGAAUGAAGACUGGUGUAUUCAAUGAUUAAUUUAUCAAUAAAUAUAAUUUAUUCUUAAA